CAAAACGGAUAAUUUUUCUAAUUCAUGUUACAAAUUUCAUUUGUUUUUAUUAUUUUUUACUGUCGUUAAAUCUUUAUCAUGGAGUUAUUGUUACAACCAGUAUUAGAAAGUUAUCCCAAAUUUUCUAUCGAAAAGCAGGUCUGUCCAAGUUAUGUGCAAAUGUACACGAAAGAUAAUAAUGAAAUUGCACUCGUUUGUAUGAAGAACAAAUCAUCUUCGAAUCAUAUCGAUCCUGCAGUUCAAGACAAUAAAUGGGAAAACGAGGAAUUAGAACUGACUGGGUCCCCAUUAAAACUAGAUCUAAGCCUUCACACAAUAUUAGAUGACACGCUUCUAUCUGAUGAGCCCCAGCUGUGGAGCAAGGAAGAAGCGACCCAUAUUCCUAUUGGCAUAGAGAAAGCACGAGAAAUAGCCAACCUUUACCACAAAAGCCUUACAGCAGUCACAAAGGAAAACAGCUUACCUAUGUGGAUACUCACAAAUCCAUCAUCUGAAGGAAAACCUUUACUUUUGACUUUGCAGUCAGAUGACAGACACUUUGGUAGAGGCAUUGUCAGUUAUGAAGGCACUAUGACCUUGGAUGAGGUGGACGUAGAUGUUUUGGCCCAGGAUUUUACUGUAAAAGAGAAGUUAAGCAAUGAUAUGGUUACAUCAACAGUGGAUUGCAAGUUCCUUCUCUCAGGCAUAUCCUACAGUUCCCAUAGUACUGAUGAGCUGUUGAAUGCACCACACUCUGGUGUAACAGAGCUUCAUUGUGAAUGGCAGGGGAAGACAUUGCAAAUACCUUAUAUAAGCUGCAAAGUUAAUUUCCAACAAGAAGUGAUAGUAGGACAUCUUGGCAGCCCAUGCAAUGCUAUUUGGAAAUCAGUAUGUUCACUUCACAACAUCAACCAACUGUUGGUCGAUAUGACUGCUGCUGGAUCCUUGUCUGUCAACUUGGAAUCUGCUGUUGUUAGAACCUACACUCAAGGCGAGAAACGUGUAAAUAACACAAAAAGAUUAAACGACCUUCUAAAUGAGACCGAAACAUAUGCGUAUACCGCGGAAUGCCCCGCCGGCGGGUGUAUCUGUGUGACUGAGGACACGACGAGUCUCAAACAGUGCCUUGGAGCUAUGAACGUGGAUGGGUCCAGCAAUGAUUUCACGUAUAAGCUCUGGGAUGUUUUGAGAGAUUGCGAAACGGCCGAGGAACUUGUCUCGCUACUCAUCCAGUCACUGAAAUUUAUAUCUUCUGGCAAAAUAAGACCGUUUAUCGACGUAAACAACAAAACCUACCUUUCUAAACUGGUCCUGAAACUAUCCCGAGGUCAUUCGCAAGCUGCCAAAGUACUGAAAAACCUUCGCUCCAGCCCCCCACAAGCGUUAUCAUUGAUCGCACAAGUGGGAAUCCAGAAGACUAUGUGGGAAUAUACCAAGGUCAUGUCCCUUCUGGAACAUUCGUUCUUUAUCGCUGGUAUUUGGAACUCUGACGCCAGGUCACACGAAUCAAUUGAACAGAUAAACCAAACCAUUCAAGACAUGACGAUGGGCGGAGAUUUCACACUGAAUCCGUUCGAGAACAUUUCGAGCGCGGAACAUUCUAUAAGAUUGGAUUGCGAGUCGUUCUACGAUGAAGACCCUAACGAAUUGACGGUUGAUGACUUCGCGUCGUUGAAGAAACACGGGCUUGUGUCGGAGAAAAAGGAUGUUAAUGAGGUCCCGCUUAUUUCAGACGAAAUCGACAUCAGUCCGUGGAAAAACUUGCUGAUGAGGUUUGCGCAAGUCCACGUGUGUUUGGAGCAUUUGCACAGAGCUGAGACGUGGUUGAGAGCAGAUUUUACAAACUUGAAGCCGAUAGCGUCUCACCUCUUAGAAUUUUAUGUUUCCGAGAAAUCUCCCAUCAAAACUGUGGGCCAAGUGAUGAGCGACCCCAUGCAGAAAAUAUCUAUGCCUAUUAGUAACAUCGUUGUUCAGGACCAUUUGAAAAAAACUGCCUUCUGGUAUCGUGCAGAAAUUAGCAAAAAAGUGAACGCAGCAGAUAAAGGAUUGAAAAGAGACAGCAAGAUUGUGUUUGUUUUCUCUCAACAGCAUGUAUUCCCACCUUCCGUUUCGCAGAACUUAGAACCACAAACAGAUGAGAUCAGUGAAGUGACCACUAUAGGCGAAGACUUGAAAUACCACGUAACGAAAUACACAUUUAUGUCGAACAAAUUGAUUAACAAACUUUUGUGAUUUUAUUAUGUCAAUCGUGCCUUAUAUUGUACAGUUUUA